AUGUCUUUUGAUCGCCUAAGUUCUUUAGAGUCGCAGCCGACUGCUCUGCGGCGCGAAGAAGAUCCUCAGUAUCGCGAUGACCCCGACUUCCACCGUCUCACCGAGAGUGUAUCGAACCAGUUGUUUACCUUAACAUCCAACGUCACCCGCUUGUCGAGCCAGGUUUCGCUUAUAGGGACCAAGCGGGAUACUGCUCGUGGGCGUGAGAGGGCUCAUCAAAUGCUAGAGGAGACCCGUUCGGGGUUCAAGGAUGUAGCAGAAGGCAUCAAGAAAGUACAAACAUGGGAGGAUGUUAAUCCUGCCCAGAAAUGGACACAGCAGAAGCUGGCAUCCGAAUUCAAAGCCACCUUCGAUGAGUUCCAGACCGUCCAGCGUCGUACUUUAGAAAAGCAGCGGGAGUCUGCAGUAGCAGCUCAUCCAGCCCUUCACGAUGGUGAAUUUGCAGGAACAGAGGAAGAUGGACAUCAGCUUCAACAGCAACAACUGGAGGAGCAACCUCGUCUUGCCAACCAAAACGAAGUGGAUUUCCAAGAAUCGCUCAUCAUCGAGCGUGAGACUGAGAUCCGAAACAUUGAGCAAAGUGUCGGGGAGCUGAACGAGCUGUUUCGGGAUGUGGCCCACAUUGUCCAUGAGCAAGGUGGGCAGUUGGACAUCAUUAGCGACAAUGUCGAGAGAGUCAAUACGGACACCCGGGGCGCGAAUGUCGAGCUGCGGGGUGCCAGCCGCUAUCAAAAGAACGCUCGAAACAAAGCCUGCUGCCUACUUGUCAUUCUUGCUGUCGUUCUACUCAUAAUUGUGCUAGCAGUUGUUCUUGGCUAG